GACGUAGUGAGAGUGCGCAGGCCAGAGAGCUUGCAGGUGAGGAAGAUGGCGGACAGCAGUGGUCGUGUGGGCAAGAGCGGCGGGAGUGGCACGGGGAAGGGGGCGGUGUCGGCGGAACAGGUAAUUGCUGGCUUCAAUCGCCUCCGGCAGGAACAAAGGGGCUUGGCAUCCAAAGCAGCUGAGCUGGAGAUGGAACUGAAUGAGCACAGCCUGGUGAUCGAUACCCUGAAGGAGGUGGAUGAGACCCGCAAGUGCUACCGCAUGGUUGGGGGCGUACUGGUGGAGCGGACCGUCAAAGAGGUGCUGCCUGCCCUGGAAGGGAACAAGGAGCAGAUACAGAAGAUCAUUGAGACACUGUCACAGCAGCUUCAGGCAAAGGGGAAAGAACUCAAUGAAUUCCGGGAAAAGCACAACAUUCGUCUUAUGGGGGAAGAUGAGAAGCCAGCAGCCAAGGAAAACUCAGAAGGGACUGGGGCUAAGUCCAGCUCAGCAGGGGUGCUGGUCUCUUAGGAACUAAGGCCUCUGCGGUUUUGUUUUUUAACCCUGAUUCCCACUUGUAAUUUCUUUUUAUUGUUUUUAUUAUUAUUUUCUCUGCUGUUGUAAUAUUUUGUUGUUGAUUAAAUGUUUUGGUCAAAUAUUCA